CUCUGCCCCUGUUGGCAGGCUGAGGCAGCGGUGAGCAUGGAGGGAGCAGUGUCUGACGUGGGGGUCUGUAACCUGGCCUACGCCGGGUGCCUGGAGGAGCUGCGGGCCCAGCUGCUGCGCGACAAGGCCCUGGCCACCAAGACCGACCAGGACAACCGCACCGCGCUGCACUGGGCCUGCUCGGCAGGACACACGGACGUGGCCGACCUCCUCCUCGGCCUUGGUGUGCCUGUGGGCGACAAAGACGAUGCUGGUUGGACGCCCUUACACAUUGCUGCCUCGGCAGGCCGUGAUGACAUUGUGCGAGCGCUCAUUGCCAGGGGUGCUAAUGUGAAUGCUCUCAAUCAGAACGGCUGCACGCCUCUGCAUUAUGCUGCCUCCAAAAAUAAGCAGGAGAUUGCAAUCAUGCUUUUAAAGAAUGGAGCUGAUCCAGAUGCAAGGGAUCAUUUUGAAUCCACCCCAUUACACAGAGCAGCAGCCAAAGGAAACCUAAAAAUGGUACAGAUCCUCCUGCAGCAUAAUGCAGCGGUUAAUAUACGGGACUCUGAAGGGAAUACUCCUCUCUUGUACACUUGGGAUGCGAACAACAAGUCAGAUGAAACGCUGCCAUCCAUUCCACAGUAUGGAAAUACUGUUUGUUCUUCAGCUGCAAGGAAAGGUAGAAAUGGAAGAUGACAGUUUCUACAGUUUGACUUGUAGGGAUUAAGGUAAUGCAAUUUAUCUUGAUAAGCAAGACAGAAACUUACAACCAAACAAAUAUCUUCACCAAGUACUUACACAAAUUUAUUCUAGAGCACAAAUGCAGGUUAAAUCUCACCUCUUGAGAACAUGAGGGGUAACUUGCCUGUACAGUAAGCGCUGACCAUGCAGACCUUACUUUAAGGAGGAACCUGACUGAGUAUAUGUUUCUUAUACGUUGUGCAGGCAUUGCUGAAAACUUGAAUUGAGAAAAGCUGAAGUUGGUAUUCUGUGUUCAUCCUUGGUGUUUGUAUAGCAAAACCCUGCCAUAGCUCUAUGGCUUUGUAGAUCCACUUCCCUAGGAGAUAGUGGCUUGAAUGUUGGCUUAAUAUCUAGUUUCCAUAUUAAUGAUCCCUACUCCCUCAGGAGCAGAUAAAUGGGCCAUGCAGCAAAGAGUGUUGGAACAUCUGAGGCAAAUUCUAAAACAUACUUCUCCAUCCUACAUAGCUCUGCAGGGCUUUUGAGCUACACACCAGGGAUCAGUGCCUAAUUUAGCUUGUGCUUUGCCAAGAGCACCAGUGGAAAGCUAGGAAAGUGCCUCAUCCUUUUUCAUAAACUAUUUCACAUGAGAGAAAUUUCAUAAUGGGAACAAACAUCUGCCAGAAGGCUUACAAAAAUAUCUCAAUGUAUUAAGAAAGUCCAAAUAAAUGUUAAUUUUCUUACCUUCCUCCUCACCCCCAGCAAUUAGU